GCUUCCUUGCCACCAUGUCAGGCACCAGUAUGAGGCGGAUGGUGUUGGGGAUCGGGGCGUUUGCUGCUGUUGUCGGUGGAGUCAUGUACCCCAUCUUUAUAGCACCUCUUCUUCACUCUCAGGAAUAUCAGAAGAUGCAGAAACAGAACAGAGAAGGUAUAAAACAGGAUGAGAUCCAACCAGGAGGAAUGGUGGUGUGGAGUAACCCAUUUGGGGAAAAGAAGGACCAAAAGAAAGACAGCUGACAAGCCAACUGGAAUAAUCUAAUGAGUAAUGUGGAUGUUGAGAUGUAAAUAGAUAGCAGUCAGAAAUACUAUUUACUGUAGUUUAGUAUGCUGGGUAGAAUAUUUUCCUGGCCUAUGGGUUGUUGAAACAUAGGGAAAACUAUCAUGAAAAUGACAAUAAAUUUCUGCCCAAAUAUGUUCAUUGUUAUUUUGUAUACCCAUCUCAUUUGAAAUGUAAUGUUCAUCAUAUUGUCUGUGUUCUUACAUUCAAGUGCAAGUGAGCAAGACAUUUUUACAUCGCUGUAAGUUUAUUAUCCAUGCCAAGGUACUGGAAACAUUUACUGUAUAUGAACAAAUCAAGUUUGAAAUCACUAAGUUAGUUGUACACUGUUUGUAUUGUACCAAUACUUAAUAAUUAUACAUAUCAUUUUCACUGUG